AUGGCAGGGAGACUGCACGUGAUCCUGAACAGUGUAAACAAGGCGCUGUGCCGCAUGCGCUUGGCCUCGGCUGUAGAGGAGGAGGAUGAUGACCUGAUAACACAAUCACAGCAUCUAGAGGAGAAGCGCAGGCGUGGCCAGCAGCUCGUCACUAUCCAAGCAUUCCUACAGUCCAGCCUGGACAAGGAAAAUGAGCUCAGCGUGGUCCUCCAGUGGCUCAGAAACAUGAACCAGGAGCUGGUGGAGGUGGAGGAGGACGAGGACUUCCGGGAGGUAGAUGGUAUCACUGAGGAAUGGGUUGAGGAGAUGCAAGACAAGAUCCAGAGUUUCAUGUCGGACAUCCAAGCUUGUAUUGUACGUCUUCACGAGCUUUGUGGAUUCCUCUUUGAACUCGACACCAGGAAAACCAAAAAGAAAGAAGCAGAACAUAAGAAGGGAGGUGUGUGGCACUGGUGGCUGGAGUCAAAAGUCGAUGCCAGGACGAUACUGAAGAUCCAGGAGCUGCAGCCGCCCACAGUGGAACGCAUGAUGGCGGAGCCCAGCCUGGCCACCAAGUCUUCUACAGAUCUGUCCUUCAUGCUGGGCGACAUCUCCAAGUCCAUGUCCUGCAACAAGGCCAUGAGCAUGGCCUUUAAGUUCAUUCAGACGGGGCUCCACAACCUAAACGAGGCUCUGCAGGAGCGCACAGGUGAGGCCCACAAAGCCCAAGCCCAACUGGAUGAGAUGAAGGCUAAUGACUGCCGUGCUAACCUGGCCCGUGCCAAAGCAGAGCUGGAAGGGGGCAAGACAAGGAUCACCAAACUGGAGGGAGAUAACUAUAACCUUCAGGAGGAGAUCGCAGCGCACAAGUUCCAGAUCCACAAGCUGGAGGGGAUGGUCAGGUCAGGACAACAGGGUUCUGUGAUUAAAGUGAUUGAGCCGGUGAUGGAAUUCCCCAUGACUCAGAGCCAAACCCAGCCAGAGAGCACCUCAGUCCCAUUCAAUCCGAAAUAUCCCAGACGGCCCCCUCUGUCUAAGAAGGAGCAGAAGCCAAAGAUAGCGCCAUCAGUGGUGGAAUCACAGCUACCCAAGAGCCCACCCAAGACUGCGGCUGGUACGGAGCCAGAGUCCAUUGAGGAGGAGUAUGUCGAAGAGGAGAUACCUCCCACACCUUCCCCUGUGUCUGAAGAGGAGAUCAACCCCGAGACAUCACCUGAUGAAUUGGACCUCUUUGAGGCCAUGGAGAAGAACAGCACCAGCCUCUUGGAUGGCUUCCAGUCAUCUGUGUUCAACAUAAUUGAAAAGUCCCUCAGUGUUAAGGAUAUAGGCCUAGAGGCAGACAAGGCCAACGACGCCAUCAAACUCUACAUCAUCCUUCAGAAAACCAUCCGAAACUCCUUCAACAACAUCACCUCCAAACUCCAUGGGAAAUUUACAGACAGCAUCCUGGGCAUGCCGUUUGAGGAGGACAAAGUGGCUUGGGAGGGGUUCUGGGAUGACACCACCAAGUCACCAGGGGACAUGCUCAAAGAGAUCAACUCUAUGUUCGUCAGCCAUGACCAGAACAUUGAGAGUUUGGGCGCCAAUGUGCACAUGCUCAUGAAAGAAGAAGACAAGAACGCCAAGUCUGCUUCCAAGAAAGGACCCCACCAAGAAUGCCACCACUCUGUGUCUGAGGUCCUGAUCCAGUUGAAGAACAGCAACAACAUGAGCAAGCAGCAGACCUGUAAGAUGCGCCUGGCCCUGGAGAACCUCAUGAACAACAAGUUGGAUAAUGAGCCCAAGACUGAGGAGGAACAGCCAUUCACCAGCCAUUUCUCCAUCUCGUCCUCUGACAGCUUUGUAGAGGAAGAGGAGAUCAGAGUGGAGAAGAAACGCCACCACCACAUCGAGAAAACUGUCAAAGUACCUGUAGAGAAGCAAAUCAAGAGGAGACAUACUCCACAUCAGACAACAAGGCAAGUACUGAAACCCAGACUUAUAGAGACAGCCAACCAGGGGGACAUAGAGCGGUAUAAGAUGGAGAUUGAGGAGGAGGGGAGGAAGAUAGAGAAAACGGUGAUGGUGGGGGCGACAUACCAGGUGAACGUGGUGUCUCAGAGGACCAACCUGAAUCUCCUGAGGCAGGCGGCGAUCAGCGGGGAGAUCUCCACUGAGCUGUACAGCAUGGCCAAGGACCUCAUCACACACAUUCUGGGCAUGGAUGAGAUGAGACUGGCCUGCCUGCUCCGCAAGUUCAUGGCCUACAGAUCAGUGCAGCAAGUCCGUUACAAUCUAAAUAUGCAGUUGGUUGCUGCUCGGGAGCUAAAGGAUGGACAGUCGGUAAAAGAAAUAUACUCCUUCCUGACGAAACUGGAUGUGUACCAGAAACGGACGUUGCGUCGGUGGAGUGCUAAACAAGCUGCUAUUGAACACAGCCGCAAGACCUGCCUUGCUCGCAUGCUAUAUCUUUUCAGUGAGAUAAGACAAGACUACAAUGUGCACCUGCUCACCCCGUUCCCGUGCUCCAGCCUCUCCCGUCAACAUCUGGCCAUCAAGUCCCACAAGCUGACGUGGUCCCUGAGCCCUGGUUGCCAGCGCCGCCACCUGCCCACUACAGCCCAGACCCCCCACCUGGUGAUGCCCACCUCAGAGGCCGGACCCCUGAGCGGAGUCAGGGAGCUGUUGAGGGGUCAGCUACCCACACUGUGGCAUUGUAAUCUGACCAUGAACAACAUGCAGCUGGCCAGGAAGAUGGCCUCUCCCCCCUGCAACCUCUCCUCCAUCCCCCUGCUGAUGGAGAUGGACGUCAACCAUAGCCGAGCCACUGCACUGCGCUCUGCACAGGGCAGGAUGAGUGGGGGAUAGCUGCAUGCUUUCUAGAGGAGAUGUGUUGAUGCAUAGGGAGAUGACCUACUGAAGGGAUCCAGUCUGUCACUAAUCUCAAACGCCAGCCAAUAAAGAAUACG